GGAAGCAGCGGAGGAGGGCGGCGGCGGAUCAGCGAUGCCGCCGGCCGUGGUCUCUGAUCCGACGGCGAAGAGGAAGGUGAGGGCCAAGAUCUACGGGCUCCGGACGUUCCUGGACCCGGGGUGCCCCACCGACUUCUACGGCGCGUUCCGGGACAACGUCCGGCGGUUCCUCCAGGAGUGCGGCGACGUCGAGAAGCGGGACACCGCCGGGAUGCCAACGUGGUGCACCCUCCUCGUCGACGAGAGGUCCGGAGCGGUGGCGCCCCUCUACACCAUCGAGGAGAGCGUUCGCUACUCCCGCAACCCCUUCUGCGACUACUGCCGCUGCACCGGGUGGAGCCAUCAUUUUGUAUCGAAGCGGCGAUAUCACGUGAUAAUCCCGGCGGACGACGACUGGGACAAGCACCUGAGUCCCAAUGCCUUCCACAUCCACACCCACCUCCUCCACGGCCUUCUGCACUGCAACGGCUUCGGCCACCUCGUCUGCAUCAACGGCCGCGAGGGCGGCUCCAAGUUCAUCCCCGGCCGCGACCUCAUGGACCUCUUCGAUCGCCUCUGCACCGCCCUCCGCGCCCGGGCAGUGACGGUGGAGGAUGUGGCGCACAAGAGAUCGAUGGAUCUCCGCCUCCUCCUGGGCGUGGCCCACGGCGCCCCCUGGUUCUCCCGCUGGGGCUAUCGCUUCUGUAUGGGGAGCUUCGGCAUCACCGAGGAAGUCUACCAGCACGCCCUCCACCUCCUCUCCACCCUCCGCCUCGAUACCCUCAUCGCCGACCUCGCCAAGGCCGGUCGCGACAGGGAACUACGCCGUGUCACCAACAUAUACCGUAAGCUCCGCCAGCCCGACCGCGACCCGCCCAUCCUCACCGUCCGCGACCUCCUCCGCUUCCUUCUUGGAAUGAAGCACCGGACCCCACCUCCAACUCUGCCACCACCGCAGCAGCAGCAGCAGGAAGGGAAGGCAACGUCGAUGGCUGCGGCGAUGGUGGAGAAGCGGAAGCCGUGCCGGGACUUCGCCCAGGUGGCGGUACAGCUGGCGAGCCGGUGGUCGGCGAAGAGGCUCCGGACGGCCGCCCAGGUAAUCGUGGACGCGCUCCGGGAGCACGGUGUGAUGACCCGGCAGGAGGUCCGCGACGCCGCGCGGCUCACCAUCGGCGACACCGGCCUUCUCGACUUCGUCCUCAAGUCCCUCGGCGACUGCUUCAUGGACGGCCAGGUGGUGCGCCGCGUGUCCAACCCCAAGACCCGCGUGCUUGAGUUCAGCCUCGAGGAACCCACCCACGGCGACAAUCUGGCUGCGGUGGUGGCGGAGGAGGCGAGGUCUGACGAGGUGUGGGCGUGGCCCAGUCCCAAGCACGUGGAGGAAGACAUGCAGGGGGUCUACCGGAGCGUGGUUGCUGGGCGGGCGGAGGUGGCGGGGUCCGUGCUGGAUUGCAAGCGCUGGGUGAAGGCAUGGGGCCUGGGGGACGACGCGGACGACCGGCUGCGGUUCCUCGCGAUGUGGCUGCCGCGGGAGGAGGAGAUGGGGGCGCUGACGCGGCCACUGCCACCGCCGGAGGUGGUGGUGGUGGAGGCGCAUGCCUCGGUGGGGGAGCUGCGGGUGGAGGCUGAGCGGGCGCUGCGGGACAGCUACUACGUGCUGGAGGGGUUCCGGGCGGCGGCGGUGGAGGGGAUCGAGGGGCAGGAACGGGACCCGGUGCUACUGGGCGGCGUGGAGUCUGGGUCGGUGGUGUGGAUACGCGGUGAGGGGGCGGACAUGGGGUGCAAGCUGCGGUACGAGGGCGGGCCCGACACGUGGGCGGUGGGGUGCUCGUGCGGGGCGCGGGACGACGACGGGGAGCGGAUGGUGGCCUGCGACGUAUGCGACGUAUGGCACCACACCCGCUGCAUUGGUAUCGCCGACGGGGAGCCGGUGCCGCCGAUCUUCCUCUGCGCGAGGUGCGGGAGCUCACUUCUGAUCGCCGCCGAGGGCGGGCCGAAGGCGUGAUGAGAUGGCGUGCAAGAGAGGGGCGUUUAUUGGCUGCAGCGGUAUGUUGAGGUCUUUUUUUUUGUUUUUUUUUUCUCCCGACUUUUGACUGUGAGAAAACUGCAGAUUCUUUUCAUUUCAUUGUAAUAAUUUUCCCUACUAGUUCUGAUUCUUUU